CACACACACACACACACACACACACCACACACACACACACACACACACACACACUUUCCUGUUCCCUGAGCUCUGGUCAUUGCAGCAUCAAGACAGUUCAAGCCACAGGUAAAGACACCUGAAACAGAGAUGCUUCACAGAAAAGGGGGACGGCUAUGGCAGGACAGCUAGCAGAAAGAGAGACACAGAAAGGGACGCGAGGAACAGCCUACCUAUGAUGCGCAAAUGCCAACAGCUCUCCAUCCAAACACCAAGCCAUGGGAAAAGAUUGCAUGGUUAAGACUCACAGGGCAGAAUUAGCACAUCAGAAAGCAGACAGCGCUAGCCUGAUGUGAAGCUUUGUGGUCCAUCCAGAACGAUCUAAGAAGGGUCAAGACUGCCUAAACCUAAAUGGAUAUUUUCUUUGUGUAGGACAAGAGAAUCCUUUUCAUCUGCUGAUUACUCCCUUGAAGCAUCUUGAGCUUGGUAACAGUAUCAGUAAAUAAUCAAACAAACAAGGAGAGAUUUCUGGGACCUGUCAAAAGACAAAUACCAAAGCAAACAGUGAAAAUUGUUUAAAUGGUCUCUCUUCUGACAUUUGAAGCAGAACCUGCCUGUACCUUCACGAUAAAGCUGAUGUCACAUUCAAUUUAAACUGUCCAACAAGGAAGCUGAUCACAACAAAGUCAUUUUAAGAUUGAAGUGGAAACAUUUACAAUAGUCAGCACAUAGGAGGACUUCAUUUAUAUUUUAAUUCAUCAUUUACAAGCCUCUUAAAGCUGAAAGUGAGGGGACAUCCCCUUGUCUCCAUUCCCGAAUACCGCGAGUGCCCUCACCAAACCCAAACACUCCAGCUGCAUGGAGCUGGGGGCAAAUGUGCCUCCCUUUGGCUACUUCAGCCAAACCCCCAAUGAGACAAAGGCCAACUCCCCAACAUUCCUCAUGGAUCACCAGGAGAACCAUCUGAGGAACUGGGAAUACAGAGAGGAAUGCCAGGCCAGAGGCACGGCUGCAGAGAAAGAAAACAGCAUUGCCGAGAGCAUGGAAUCAAGUCCCAUGAUCAGUGAAGGGUCUGUGAGGGAGCCAGCCUCCACCCUGAAGGAAGACGCCUGCCCCUUGACCGAUUCAUCUGGAUUGGUCACAGCAAAUAAGACUGGGUCUAUUGACAGCAGGAUGUACAGACCUCCCAAGAUAGCGCCAUCUGUGGCACCAGGUUUGACUCGACUUCAAAGACCAGCAAGUCUCGGCCGCAGCCUCAGCUCGAGUGAGCAGGAGGCAAAAGACGCCAGGAUCCAGAGCCAGAAAAUUGUAGCCCAGCUGACUACUCCACCGAGUACCAACUCCAAGGGUGUAUUGCUCUUCAAUAGGCGCAGGAAGAGAGUGAAUGCUUUCACCUUAACGAGCUACGGCAAGGGAGAGCACUGCACUGACCUGGAAUCGGGCAGCCUCACUGAUGGAGAGGGCCGAGAUCCUGGAGACGGUCUAGCCGGGCAGCCAGGCAGAAAACCGCCUACAUCGUCCGACUCCUCAGAGGACACCAGCCUCUGGCGCUAUCGGGGGAGGGCUGAGGGCCACGCCAUGGAGUCCACAUUGACGGUUGGAAACCACGAGGAGGCAGCGGACCCGAGGCGCCAGACGGGAGCGGAGGAGGACUACGUAUCGGAGGUCGAGGGGCUGCAGGGUGAAGAGGUAGUGGAGGAGGAUGGAGGCGAGAGGGAGCUUGCAGGGGAACCCGGGCUUGAGCGAGGAUUCAAGAGCCCCACGGUGACACAGCCGGUGGAAAUCAGCCAUUCAGUGAAACCGGCCAGAACGACGGUAGAGGUCCAUUUGUCGUCGUCUUACCCGCCACAUGACCCAGACAGUAAGGAUCUACUGAAGGAGGUCAAUGGUCAAACAGGCAGCGGUGGUCAACAUGGACAAAGCCACAUGGUCCACAGGCCUGAAGAGAAGCAGCCAUUCUUGGCGAACAGGACACCCAAGCCUUUCUCGGCGGAGGGGGGCUCUCCAAAACCGUACAAGCCACCGGCCAGUGUCCCAGAGAUUGCUCCCUAUGCCCCGGUUUACUCCCGCCAGCCUCCUGGGUCCCAGAGGACAUCGUCGGCACCGCCUCCAGGUUCCAGUGCACCAGGCGUGGAGCAGUCAUCCAGGCCUCCGGCCAUGUGGGCCAACAAGACGGGCAUCCUGGAGGAGUCAAGGAUUCGGCGGGCGGCCUGGAAGCCCAUGUUCACCUUCUCCGAGAAGCCCAAGGUGGCGCCCAAUCCCGAGCUCCUCUCCCUGGUGCAGGGCAUCGACGUCCAGAAGAGGAAGGGCAGCCAGGGCGAGGCGCUGGCCGAGGACGACGACAGCCUGGGCCUGGGGGCCGAGGCUGCCACCUUCAACCCCCAGAAGAAGCCUUCGCCCCCCGUGGCCCCGAAGCCCCCGGUUCGAGGCCAGGAAGAGCCCCCGGUUCCCGAGUGGGCGUCGUGCCUGAAGCCGCCGGAGCUGAGGGCCCCGCGCACGUCAGGGGCCAGCCAGGCCCUGGCAGAGGUCAAAGGGAAAGGGGCGGAGCUGUUCGCGCGGCGGCAGACCCGGAUGGAGAGGUACACCAUCGAGGCACCAGUUGCCAUGGAGACCAGGCCCAGGCCCCCCUCCCCCACCAUGUCCCUGCCGCCAUCUUGGAAAUGCAGCGACGAGCCCUUCGACCGCCAGAGCGUACCCGCCGGCCCCCGCUCCCCGGUCUCCGCCUUUGCCCGGGUGGGUAAGGCGAAUGGGAACCCGGCGGCUUCCCGGCAGCAACAUCAGCACCACCACCACCACGCGAGCUCCUCGCUGUUCAUCAUCUCGCCGGAGAAGAACCCCGUCAGCUCGUUGCCCAAAGGGGCCCCCUCCCCGCCCCGGCUCCUCAGGCCCAACCCGGCCCCAGCCUCCUACCUCAGGCAGACCUCGACGCCGCUCUCCUCGUGCCCGCCGACAGCCGCCAAGCCGCCCCCUGCCGCCGCCCCCUCCUCCCGGCUGAACGGAUUCACCGAGCCCCCGGCUCCAAGCUUCCAGCCUCCUCCUCCUCCCGGCACCGGCGGCAGCUCCUCGCCGUCCCCCCGAGCCACCAAGGGGGUGCUGCAGGUCCCGAGACCCUCCUUCUCCGCCCGGAAAGCAGGACUGGAAGCCCAGGGACCAGUCUCUCCAGGGAGCUCGCUUUGGAAGGCCAGCUUCGAGCGGAGAUUGAGCAGCCCCCGGCUGUACACAGACACGUUCCGUACCCCCCCAGAAAGCCCCAGAUCACCCUUUUCCCCAGUCAGUAGCAGCAGCAGCCCAGGAGCAGGAGGCACAGCCUACAACAACUGGAGUCCACUCGGUGAGCCCAAAGCCAGCUCAGCCUCCACCCGACUGUCGGGCUCCAGCCCAGAUAGUCGCCGUCUCAAGGAGCUGCUGGCCAAGAAUGUGCUCAGUGCCGCCCGUCGUAAGAAGCUGUCAAGCCCUCCCGCUUCUUCUGGGGAGCUGCCCCCCAGCCCCCACAGCCCCUGCCCCUCUCCACUGGUGCCUCUCUCGCCCAGUGUGGUCUCUCCAGACACUCCGGGUGUCCGCUCUCCCCUCCGCCUUUACCGCAGGUCACUCACUGAUUCUGAGUUUUCGCUGGCCUCAGAUGAUUCUGGACCCAGGUCCCCCAGUUACUACAACUUCUGUCCGCGCGGAUGGACUGGGAGCAAACUCCGACAGAGUGAGCAGUUAUAAAGCCAGAGAGUGGGAGCAGGGCCAAGCUGUGUGCAGAGGUGUGUGUAUGUCUAAGCAUGUGUGUGUGUAGCUGUAUGUGAAUGUGAGCACGUGUGUGUAGCUAGGUAUGCAAGUGUGAGCACGUGUGUAUCGCUAGGUAUGUGAAUGUGAGUACGUGUGUAGCUAGGUAUGUGAGUGCGAGCACGUGUGUGUAGCUGUGUAUGAGUGUGAGCACGUGUGUGUAGUUGUGUCUGUAGUUGUGUAUGUGUGAGCUCGUGUGUAGUUUUUUCUAUGCAAGCACCUGUACGCAGCUUUGUGUGCGUGUGAGCCUGCUUGUGUAGUUGAGUGAACGUGUGUAGAGUUACAAACACGUGUUUAUGUGGAUUAUGAGUGUGAGCACAUGUUUGUGUAGUUAUAAGAGUGGAGCACAGGUAUGUGUGUGGGAAUGUGUAUGUGUGUAGGUGUCUGCGUCCGGCAUUAUGUGUGCAGGAGUGUGUGCGUUUGUAUGUGGCAAUGUGUAUGAAGGAGUGUGAGUAUGUAUGCGUAUGCGUUUUGAAAGAGCCAAUUUGAAGAGGAUGUGUGUGCAAGAGUUUGUGUCUGUGGCAGUGUGUAGACAGGAAUAUCUGACAGUGUGUACGCGACAGUGAAUAUUGGAGUGAGAGUAUACGUGGCAGUGUGUGUGUAUGGGAGUGCAUGUGUUACAGAACUGUGUGCGAGUGUGCAGGAGUCCGUGCAUACGGCAGAAUAUGGGUGGGAGUGAGAGUGUGUGUGUACAGGAAUGUGUGUACAUGUGGCAGCAUGUAUGUGGUAAUGAGUGCUUGUGCGUGCAUAUGUAGAGGGGAGAAUGGGAUCUGGCUUCUGCAGGACAUGUUCUCAAGUUUACUUUUUGCACGUUGCACGCUUUCCAAAAUGUGACCAUUAAUUCUGGGGAAGACAGAAAGUUCCAGCCUGGGGUGAUGGACAGACCACUGCUCAAUUCAAUUAAAGUUCAGCAGGACGUAGUUCCAGAGAGAGAGGAUUCCAGCACGGAACACAUCUCUGCCAGAAUCAUUCAGAAAACAAACAUCUUUCCACUCGAGACUAUUGUCUCCUUGGAAAUGAAUAGCAUAUAAGCAUUGUCAAUUCUGGAUGGGCACAUUUCUGGCAGCUUUGUCAUACAAUCACCCAACCAGUCACCCUGUCAGCUCCCACACACAUGCAUUCCCCACCGUCAGUCCAGUCUCCUGCUUUCUCCUGUAUGAUGAUUACCUGCCUGGUCACGGGAUUCAUAGAUUACAGACAACACCUUGGGGAUAAAGACUUCACCCAAUCAGAACAGAACCUCUCACAACGGUCAGUCAAGAUGUGGGGAACCGUGGCAAAAGAAUAAUAACUGCCAACCAAUAUUAACUCUCACCAAUACCAAAUCCUGCCCUCAUUGACGUCCCCGUAUACUCAGAAAUAUACCCCUCUUGCCUUUCUGGUGGGAUACAGGUAACUGAAGGUGGGUUAUUCUUACAACAAUUUUUGAAAGAACCAAUUUGAAGAGAAUGUGUGUGACAGCAACAGUCUGGCCAUGUGUACUGGGACUAUCUCCCUUUUGUAACCACUUAGUUAAUAGGCAUCAGGUCAUCCAGACUCAUUGGCCUCUGUACAUUCCUGCCAGGGAAGACUGUUGAAGGUGGUGGAUGAAGUGCACUUUCAGUGGGUGUAGAAGAGUUAGUUUAAUCUGGAGGAUGUCAAACCUGUGGAGUGUGUUGGAGCUGCACCCAUCCCUGGUGAAUGGAGAGGUGUUGCUUCGAGCGGUUGCCUUGCUGAACCCUUCUAUAAUUGUAAUAGAAAUGCUGAGUGGAAAGAUUUUUUAUGGCAUAGGGAGUCGUUUCAUUGUAAACAUGGACACCUGUUGGGGUUUUGGCUUUCCAAAACCAGCCUACACUCUGUGGUUAUGUUGCACAGCCACAAUAUCACUUCUACUCGCCUGGACAGUGCACAUCUAAGGACACAUGAUCAGCUGGGAGCAAGGACCAGCCCAAGGUGUGAUGCAUCUGUCAUUGACAGUCUGAAGGCACCCACUGUUCAGAUGUCAGGCGCAAAGACUUUCUUGAGGAUAAUUGCUGGUUGGUGACUGGUCCAGGGUCAAGGAGAGGGGGAGGAUGGAGAAUGGGAUAUCAAGAAAAGAAAGCAGAAAGAAUCCUCCCACUCAUGCCAGACCAAAAUCCAAACUCUUGACUAAUUCUGAAAUGGGGUGCUUUCAUUCACAGCAACACGUCUUCAUAUCGCUUUCAUCAGUUAGUUAAUCAGCAAACAAAAACAAAAGGGACCUGUAUGGGAAGACAUUCCCACCUUGCUCUAUAGCAGUUUUUCAAUUAUAAGAGAUUACUGUCCUAUUUUAUAUAUUAUAAUGUAAAUGAAAUGCGGUUGAUAAUGGUAUAAAUAUAUAUAUAAAUCUC